AUGUCUCUUAAGACAACGUGGGACGUUGCACGCAACGACUUUCUCGGACUAUGGAAAGCAUGGAGGGUGCGGCGGACGGCAAGAAAGUUGACAAUCGAUAUUGCGAGCGGUUUUGGUAUGAUACUGGCGGCUGCAGAUUCACCGACACUUCACUGGAUGCUGGUAAUGCUGGCAAUGCUGGCAAUGGGGUCCGAUGGGGCAACAAAGAGUGGUUCAGGCAUGCAUGGGCUAUGCAAGCGCAACACAAUCCCCACAAGGACGAUUCGAGGACAAGAAGAGGAAGAACAGGAAGCGGAUCGGAGUAGCACAGAAGAACAGAAAAAGAGAAGAAACAAACGAGGGCGACGACAAAGUCGACGUUGA